UUACAAGUCUUUUCCCAUACAAUUGCUGACGUCAACUAAAAAAUCCAAAAAUAUCCUCUUGCCCCUUUCUCUCCCUUUAAAAAUCUAGGGUUUCUCAAACGCUAACCAUGAGAUCCCAAUUUAUAAAACCCUAAUUGCCUUCAAUUUUUUGUCUUAUAGGCCGUCGUUUUAUCGAGAUUUUCUCGAAUUGGUGUUUGGUUCUCUAGUAAGUUUCCGUUUAUAGGGCUGCUGCCCAUUUGGAUUGCCUGAAAGUCAUUUAUUCGGUCUUUCGGUUGUGUAGGGAUUUUGAUGAUUUUUGUGCCUCUUUGGUUUUGAUUGAUAUAUCGUUUUCUAAAAUUGGUGUUUGGUGACGGCGAAAGUUUGGGAUUUUAAUUUUUAUUAGAGGAAUUCAUGGCUUCGGCGGGUGAAGAAGAGGUUGAGUAUGAGAGCGAUCCAGAGGAAGUGAAGAGAUCGCUGGCUAUGCGGAGGCGCGAAGCAAGUGAUGAUGAGGAAGGCGAAGGAGAAAGGAGAGAGAAGCCGAGGGUGGACCGGAGCUUUGGGACUCAUUCCGACGAAUCGGACGGUCAGGGUGGGGUGGCGGAUUACGAGGAUGAUGAAGAGUUGGAUGAAGAAGAAGAGGAAGACUUGGAAGAUGAAGAAGAGGUUGAGCUAGAUGGGGAUGGAGGUGAAGAAGAAGAAGCGUUGUAUAGGGACGGAGGCGUUGAGGGAAAGGCACGUGUUGGUGGUAGGAUCGACUCGGUAGUUGCAGUGGUGAAUUUAAAUGAAGCGGAUGGUGAUGAAAGGAGGGCUAUGGAUGAGUUGGCAGAGGUGCAAGCAGAGGAUCGGGCUGAGGGGGAGGAGGAGAAGAAGGAGAAUGAGCCCUUUGCGGUGCCCACCGCUGGGGCUUUCUAUAUGCACGAUGAUCGGUUUAGGGACAAUGCUGGUGGUAGACACAGGCGCACACGUGGUGGAAGGAGGUUGUGGGAGUCCAAAGAUGACCGGAAAUGGGGGCAUGACAAGUUUGAGGAAAUGACUUCGCAGGAAAGGCAUUAUGAAGAGGGUCGGAGGAAUUUUAAAGGUCCUUAUCGAGGUCGUGGUAAAAAUCGAGGUAUUGAUCGAGGGUAUCCAAGAGGGAGUAGGCCUAAAGCAUAUAAUGACCAAAGCCAGACACCUAAGAGUGUGAGAGGACGGGGGCCCAGACGAUAUGAACCCACCUUUAAAAACAAAAGUCAGGUUCCACCAGCUGAAAACAAACAGUCUGGGAAGCCUCUUGAGAAAACUUCACAUACAAAUUCUGGGAGAGCUUUCAUGCCCGUGUCAAGUGUGGAAUCUGAACCUGUUCCUGUUAGGAGACAAGUGUUUGCAUCAAGCUUGAAUUCUGCUUCUCCUCCAUUUUAUCCUUCUGGCUCUUCCAAUAGAGACAUCACUCUGAUGCAGAAAACAGAUUUACAAGCUGGUAGUUCCAACAGAAGUCUUCACCCAGCUGUUAUGGAUGAUGGUUCUUCAAUCCCACAAACCAAUGCAUUGCUUCGUGGGAAGAACAUAACUGAAUCUGUUGGCAUGGACAAGCUUUAUAUUGACGAGUCCAUCAAUCCAGGUGCUGGGAAACCUUUGGCUAAUCUGCAAAUGCCAAUUUCGGGAUCCUCCUUAGUCAGUGCUACACAAUCUCCUCCAACAAAGGGAAGGGGUUUAGCAGGACAGAUAAAUUAUCAACCGGCUCCACCUCACAACCAAGUCAAUAGAGUUUCCCCUUCAACGCAAUUCCAUGCAGUUCAGAGAGGUCCUGCUCAAAGCAGAGGUCAGCCUCCUGUGCAAGCUCCUGCACAACAUGCAAACCAGCGUCCUGGUAGUGGUUCUCAAGCUUCCUCCCCUCCAAAAGUGGGUCUUUCAAUAAAUUCUUAUGAACCUGAGGAGGCUGAAUCUUUUUCAAAAUCAAAUAGCUCUAAAGGUGCAUUGGUUGGAAAGGGAAAAGGCAAUACUCAAGAUACUGGGAAGGGAUCUGUUAUGUACAGUGGCACUCAGGUUAUGGGAGCUACUGGUAGCAUGGCUGUUAGUCAUGGAGAUCAAAACUUCCCUGCGACUCCCACAUUCUUGCCAGUGAUGCAAUUUGGAGGCCAGCAUCCUGGUGGUAUUGGAGUUCCUGCUGUUGGUAUGGCGUUCCCUGGUUAUGUUGCUCAGCCACAACUUGGAUUGGGAAAUUCUGAGAUGACAUGGCUAUUGGCGGGUGCUGCAGGAGCUCUAGGGACCACAUAUCCCUAUAUUACUGUUGAUGGCGCUUAUCAUCAACACCCAUCGGGGCAGACAUCUUCAAUGGGUGCCUCAAGCAAAGAAAAUAAUUUGAACAAACCCAAUAAGGAAUGGAAGCCUUCACAGAGGCCUGAACUUGGGAAUGAUGAAUUUGGGCAGCGACACAAUAAGCCUCGCAGAUACUCAGAAAUGAACUUUGGCCAGUGAAAUACAUAGAUAUUACGGAGCUUUUAAUAAGCAGAUAAAGGCCUUCCUCCAAGCCCUUUGUGGUAUCUAGGCUUUUGUUCUAGAGCACUCUGGGCCGCAAUAGGUUCCAUGAUAUUUUAGUUACAUAUGACGAACACCUGCUCAUGCUGCACUAAAUAAUUUAAGACAAUAUGGCGGCUUGACGGGUGGCAGUAUCUUGUUUAAACGUGCGGUUUUCAUGUGGUUUGGUUUUUCAGUGAAGCUCGUGAGAAAUGUUGGCUGGCUUCCAAAAAUAUAAAGAAAAGGCAAAAAGAACAAGAUUUGUUGUGCAGCAUCUUAUUGGUCAGUGGAGUUGAAUUUUUCUAUUUAUAUAAAUGGUGUGGAUUUUUUUUUUUGUGACGAUAAUAAUUGUUUUGAGAGGACCUUUAACGAGUGAGAAUUUCUCCAGUUGACUUACUGCUGGCGAUGUUGCAGCUAAAUAGUUUUAGGACUCUAGUAAAGAAUGGGUUAUUGAUGUUUUAGCAAAACUCAUACGUGAUAAUUGAUGUUUUUCUAGGCAA